GUGAAACAUGCUGCUUUCUGUGAAAGCAAUUAAUAAACACACUUCAGAGAGUAUGGAGGAAUUAACUUGUGCAGUUUGUCUGGAGUUGUUUAGUGAUCCUGUAAUUGUGGAAUGUGGGCACAAUUUCUGCAGAUUCUGUAUUAACAAGGUUUGGGACACCAGUGAAAAGCUUUUCUGUCCAGUGUGCAGAGAGGUGUUUUUUGUUAGGAAGUACAUAAAGAAUCGACUUCUGGCUAAUCAGGUUGAUACAGUGCUGAAACAGGAUCAAGUAGAGAAAGGAACAGUUUCUGGGCAGGAGGACGAAGAGGCAUAUAAUCAUUGUGUGAAACGAUCAAGAGCAGGUUUGCACUGUGGAGAACAUGAAGAGAAUCUGAAAUUGUUCUGUGAGGAAGAUGAAAUCUUGGCCUGUGCCCUAUGUGUUCCCAAACACUAUGGUCAUCAUUUUAUGUCUGUGCAGCAAGCAGACAGCAAGUAUAAGAGUAAGCUAAAAACGUCCACAGCAUUACUGGAAUACUGCCUUGAACUUCUGCAGGAACGGCAAAAGAAGCAGGAGCAGAAAGUUUUGGAUAUCAAAGAAAGGACCCAGAGUUUGGAGCAACACAUUGUGUCAGAAUUUGCUAAACUUCAUAAAUUCCUCCAGGAUAAGGAACAGCACCUGAUUAAGCAGCUCAGGGAAGAAGCAGAAGGAAUUCUGAGAGAGAUGGAGGAAAACCUACAGGAACUCCAAAUCAAGACUAGUACCACUCAACAGCAAAUAUCAGCUAUUCAGUCAAAGAUGAAGCAGGAAGAGGCUGCAGUGUUCCUUACGGAAAUCAAGUCGUUUAUAGAGAGGCUCACAAAUGUCCAAAAGGAGAAGGAAAUCAGAACUGUUGUGACCCGUGAUCUGUCUCUAGGAAUGUACAAGGGCCCUCUGCAGUACAGUGUAUGGAAGGAAAUGAAAUCCAUCAUUAAACCUGACCUGGCUAAUCUUUUAUUGGAUCCUAAGACUGCACAUGCUCAGCUUAUCCUUUCUGAAGACCUGACCAGUGUGAGACAUAGUGACAAAUGGCAGCAGCUCCCCAACAACCCAGACAGGUUUGAUCGCCAUGUCAAUGUUCUGGGAUCAGAAGGUUUCACUUCAGGUAGACAUUACUGGGAGGUGGUGGUGGGAACCAAGACUGGAUGGAAUGUGGGCAUUGUCAAAGAGUCUGUCAUAAGGAAGGGGAAUAUCACGAUGAGCCCAAAAAAUGGAUACUGGGCUAUAGACCUGAAGAAAGGAAAUGAAUACAUGGCUCAGGAUGUACGACCCAAGGACCUUAAACUGAGCAUGAAACCACAGAGGAUUGGAGUAUACCUGGACUACGAAGAUGGACAGCUGUCUUUUUAUAAUGCAGAUAACAUGUCCCACCUCUACACCUUUACUGAUACCUUUACUGAGAGACUCUUCCCUUUCUUUAACCCUAAUCUUAAUAAUGCUGGUAAAAAUGCAGCGCCUCUUGCGCUUGUUCAGUUAAAGUUAUAG